UGGUACCAACUUGGAUCCUCUCAAUUCAAGAAYCUACYCAACAAAACAUUGAAUGAAGCUAAAGUGGCUUGUUACGUUAAUCAAGGAUGCCUGGCCCAUUUCGAGAAUGAUAUGGAAAAAGAGUUUGUUGGUGGACUGUUUAAAGACGCACUGACAGCAGAAAAUGCUCAAAACGAACUAAAACCCGGCAUACAUUGGCGUCUAGAUGGCUCAGAUAAGGAUGUCGUGUUGUAUGGAAAUGCAUCCUUUAAACAAGACAAUGACAUCAACACCGCUGUCCUUGAUUUGCCGGGUACCACAGGCUCAUAUGCYACAACCCCAGCAUUUCCAAUCUCAAAAAUAAGUUUCACAAUUUCGAUGUGGAUAAAGGCACCUAACUUGCUAAGUCCAGGAUUGGCCUACUCGUCGUGGGGAAAUCCACAUGUGUUUGCCCUAAAGGCAUCAUGGUUCUCUGCGAGAAGACUUCACAAUCCAAAGGCAGUACAUUUUUCGAUCAUCAAUAACAAUAAUUUGCCUAAGAACCAAUGGAUCAAUGUCGUUGCUGUGUGAGACCGGGGACAAAGAAAAGCAUUUCUGUACCGCGAUGGUACUCAAGUGGCAUCGGRAAUAUCUCCUGWGAUACRUYCCCAAUACCUCAACUUUCCAAACCCUAAUGUUAACGUGUUUGAUAUUGGUUAUCAACGAGAUGCUCCAUCAAAUGCAAUGACAGCAAGAAUCAAAGAUAUUGUGAUCUUUAAUCAACCCCUGAACGCCGAUCAAGUAAAACUUCUGAAAGACCUAAACUCUGACUGCCUGUCUGUGACCACCGGAGCUGUUGCCUGGCAGAUAGCGUGCUGUGGUGAGAGGAAAGAUUUUGUAUGCAGAAGGAAGCUGUAGAUUGACUACUUUCUGUCCUUCCAUAUCACAUAUAAAGCAGUAUAUCUUGGCCUUUUGUACUAAGCGUAUAAAGCUAUUGUAGCUAUUCCCAUACAAUAUUUAUCCAUGGAAGAACACCAUUCACUCUUGGUACAACCACCAGUGUGUUUAGAUAGCUUUGGACAUGCAUGAAUGCGCUUGGRUGUUUAUUUAGUCAAAAUCUARUAGUCUGCUGCUACCAGCAUGCAGCUUGUUAUCGCUGUAGUUAACAGUCAAGUCAAAUUUUGCGCAUGMGUAUUAWUUAAUGUGUUGCUCUCUUUCCCUUUCUUAUGCUUUGGCUAAGAUUGUGUCUGAGAUGAAAAAAAUACAUGUAUGUGAUCAAACGUAAGUGGUAUAAAAGAAGCAAUCAUUUUGAUUAGGUAUGGAUUGUUUUCAACUAUUUCCAUGAUAUUCAAAUCAUAAAAGACCGGCAG